UGCCUUUUCCCCGCCUGCCAUUCCCAUCAGUUGAUAGUUGCGCUGUCUGCAUAGCUGACCACCCACUGAAGCCAAGGCACGUGAAACUGCUGUCCACUAAGAUGGGCCUGAAAGUCACGUGGGACCCACCCAAAGAUGCCACCAGUAGGCCCGUGGAGCAUUACAACAUUGCCUACGGGAAGUCACUGAAAAGCCUUAAGUACAUCAAGGUGAACGCGGAGACGCAGUCCUUCCUUAUUGAGGAUGUGGAGCCGGGGGUAGUGUACUUUGUGCUGGUUACUGCAGAAAACCACAGUGGAGUGAGCCGGCCCGUGUACAGAGCGGAAAGCCUGCCUGGAGGUGAAUGGAUCCAGAUUGAUGGUUCCCCCAUUAAGGGUCCAGGACCAUUUAAUGAAACCGUCACAGAAAAGGAAGUGCCAAACAAGCCCUUGCGUGUCCGAGUCCGAUCCUCAGACAACCGGCUGUCCGUUGCGUGGAAGGCGCCACGCCUGUCUGGAGCCAAGAGUCCACGCAGAUCCCGGGGUUUCCUUUUGGGCUACGGGGAAAGUGGCCGGAAGAUGAAUUACGUUCCACUGACACGAGAUGAGCGAACGCAUGAGAUCAAAAAGCUGGCCUCCGAGUCGGUGUACGUGGUCUCCCUGCAGUCCCUGAACUCGCGGGGCCAGAGCCAGCCGGUCUACAGGGCCGCCCUAACGAAACGGAAGAUUUCAGAGGAGGAGGAGCUGGACGUCCCUGAGGACAUCAGUGUCCGGGUGAUGUCAUCCCAGUCUGUGCUUGUAGCCUGGGUGGACCCUGUCGUGGAGAAGCAGAAGAAAGUUGUUGCGUCCAGGCAGUACACGGUGCGCUACCGAGAGAAGGGGGAACUGGCCCGCUGGGAUUACCGGCAGGGCUCCAACCGGCGCGUGCUGAUCGAGGGCCUGCUCCCCGACACCAUGUAUGAAUUCGCAGUCCGCAUCUCACAGGGGGACAGAGACGGCAAGUGGAGCACCUCCGUCUUCCAGAGGACUCCGGAAUCCGCUCCUACGACGGCUCCGGAGAACUUAAAAGUCUGGCCAGUCAAUGGCAAAACCACAGCUGUCACUGUAGCUUGGGACGCGCUGCCUGAGACUGAGGGCAAAGUGAAAGAGUACAUUCUCUCCUACGCCCCCGCGCUCAAGCCCUUCGGAGCAAAGUCCCUCACCUUCCCCGGAGAGACCACUUCUGCCCUCGUGGACGGCCUGCAGCCUGGGGAGCGCUAUCUGUUCAAAAUCCGUGCGGCCAACAGGAGAGGAUCGGGGCCUCACUCCAAAGCCUUCAUCGUCGCUAUGCCAACAAGCAGGACCAGUGAGCCGGAUGCCCGGCAGAAAGCAGGCGCGAUGGAGAACUGGAAGCAAGAAACCGCGCAGCCUGCCUCGCCUCCCAGGGCCGCAGCUCCCUCGAAGCACACCCACCUGCCCGUUUCUCCCCAAGGCAGACAUGCCAAGCACCCUCCUGACUUGAAGAACAAAAUACCGGCCAACGGUGGGGUGCCCAGGAAACCCCAGGCGGCAGAGCUCACGGACGCGGAGGAACUGGACCCCCAAGGGGAUCCCCCGACCUCGCCCUCUGAGACCCAGGACCAGCAGCUGCUGUCGCUGCGGCAGCGCAUGAUGCACUCGCGGUUCCGGAACCCCUUCUCCCGCGCGCCCGCCAGGCCCUCUUUCAGACAAGGUUAUAAUGGCAGGCCAAGUGUAGAGGGGCGAGGACUGCCCGACACUAAUGGAAAACCGAGCGGACAAAGAAUUAUCAAUGGCCCUCAAGGAACAAAGUGGGUGGUGGAUCUUGAUCGUGGGUUAGUAUUGAAUGCAGAAGGAAGGUACCUCCAAGAUUCACAUGGCAAUCCUCUUCGGGUUAAACUAGGAGGAGACGGUCGAACCAUUGUGGAUCUGAGAGGGACCCCCGUGGUGAGCCCUGACGGGCUCCCCCUCUUCGGGCAGGGGCGACAUGGCAAACCCCUGGCCAGUGCCCAGGAUAAGCCCAUUUUGAGUCUUGGAGGGAAGCCUCUGGUGGGCUUGGAGGUCGUCAAAACAACCACCCGUGCCGCCGCCACCACCACCACCACCACCACCACCACCACCACCACCACCACCACCCACCCAACCACCACCACCCUGCGCCCAACCACCACCAUCCGAACCACCACCCCGACAACCAUCACCACCACCACUCCCGAGCCCACCACAGCCGUCCCCACCUGUCCCCCCGGGACCCUGGAGCGGCAUGACGAAGACGGCAACCUGGUCACGGGCUCCAGUGGGGCCCCGGAGUGCAUCCCUGAAGAAGAUGAUUUCUCAGGAUUGGAGACGGACACAGCCACACCCACGGAAGAGGCCUACGUUGUCUAUGAUGCAGAUUAUGAACUUGAGACGUCGAGGCCACCGGCCUCCACCAGGCCCCCCACCACGGCCACCACGCCCGCCGUCAUCCCAGCAGAAGGCACCAUUAGCUCCUUCCCCGAGGAAGAGUUCGACCUGGCUGGAAAGAAGCGAUUUGUCGCUCCUUAUGUGACGUAUCUUAGUAAAGACCCAUCCACCCCUUGCUCUCUGACCGAUGCUCUGGAUCACUUCCAAGUGGAGAGCCUGGAUGAAAUCAUUCCGACUGACAUGAGGAAGAAUGACCUGCCUCCGCAGCACGCGCCCCGCAAUAUCACCAUUGUUGCUAUGGAAGGCUGCCACUCAUUUGUCAUUGUGGACUGGGACAAAGCCACCCCGGGAGAUGUGGUAACAGGCUACUUGGUUUACAGCGCAUCCUAUGAAGACUUCAUCAGGAACAAGUGGUCCACUCAGGCUUCGACGGUCACUCAUUUGCCCAUUGAGAACCUGAAGCCAAACACAAGGUAUUAUUUUAAAGUUCAAGCCAAGAACCCUCAGGGCUAUGGACCCAUCAGCCCGUCGGUCUCAUUUGUCACGGAGUCAGACAACCCUCUGCUUGUUGUGAGGCCACCAGGCGGCGAGCCCAUCUGGAUCCCAUUUGCUUUCAAACACAACCCUGACUACACGGACUGCCACGGCCGGCAGUAUGUGAAGCGGACGUGGUACAGAAAGUUUGUGGGCGUCAUUCUCUGUAACUCACUGCGGUACAAGAUCUACCUCAGUGACAACCUGAAAGACACAUUCUACAGCAUCGGAGACAGCUGGGGAAGAGGUGAAGACCAUUGCCAAUUUGUGGAUUCACACCUGGAUGGGAGAACGGGGCCUCACUCCUACAUAGAGGCCCUCCCCAGCAUUCAAGGCUACUACCGCCAGUAUCGCCAGGAGCCCGUCCGCUUUGGCAACAUUGGCUUUGGGACCCCCUAUUACUACGUGGGCUGGUAUGAGUGUGGCGUCUCCAUCCCAGGGAAGUGGUAACCACGGGACGAGCGUGCGGAAAGCUCGCCCUGCCCGGCCCCCUGGACUAACUCGCACUGAGGGCUGAGCAGGAAAAGGAAGACGGUGCCUGUUCCAAGCCCCUCUGCCCCGUGUCAGCAAGGCCACAAGGUGGACAUUGGAUAUUUGGGGCAUCUUCAGUCUGGACUCAGCCCCACUUCCUGGCCUGGACCACACACGGGAUUCAAUGUUACUGUUAAGUUUGCUUCUCCACACGUUUUGCUUAUAAUAGCACAUCCCAGAGACAACCAAAGCACACAGCUACCAGGGAUGCCCACUGAUUCAGGGUGAUUUUCACACUUCUUAGGCACAAUAUCCAGACCAUCGGUAUCUCCAGAGAACAGCAGAAGCUGGCUUCAUGGGAUGCUACACGCUCUCUUUUUUCACCAGACUCCUCCCAAACUAGCUGACGUUAUGCUCCUGGCCUCUUUCUCUGCAGUAGAACUGAAUUACUCAAAUCACCCAAGGAAAUAUAUCCUGCUUAAGAUUUAUCCCAUGGACUCACCCACUGCUAGACCAAUUGUAUCAAAUCUUGGUAAAUCUCAUUUUGAUAUAUAUAUGUAUAUAUGCAUAUACAUAUCCACACUUGUCUGCAAGAGCAUUGAUUAAAAUGGCUAAAUUUGUACCUGUU